AUGUUAUUAUAGAAUAUUAAGUAUGAUAUUUAUGAUCCAAUUGAACCAUUUUUAAAUACAAGAUACACAUUUAUUGGACUCAACUAAUUCUUAUCUAUAAAAAUGAUAACACAAUAAGAAUAAAAUUAAUUAGUAGUAAUUCCGAAUUCAAAUAUGGAUAAAAGAUAAGAAUUCUAAUCCUUUUUUAAAACAAUUAUACAUCUUCUAAUCUUUUGUUACAUUUUAUGAUAUACAGUAUUUGUAAUCUUUAUACUUUGAAAGUUAUUAGUACAUAUCAACAAAAAAAAGGAAGCUAAAGAAAUACAACCUUUAGAAGUGGAGGAGUUCUACAUAUUCUAAACUAUCAAUAAGAUUAUAAAUUAGCGUUCAUAAUACGAUCAUUUGUAAUAGAGAGUUCUUAUUUUUACUAUUCCUAUAAAAAUUUAAUUCCAUUUUUAUAGGAAUAGUAAAAAUAAAGUUUUGAUGAUAUUUUAUACUUUUUUUAAUAAAUACUCUGA